UUCCAAGUGGAAAUCUUUUCAAGUUCUAAUUUGUAGCCUGGCAUAUCCUAGUAAGCGAAAUAACCUCGAAGUUUCAGUGGAAAGCGUGCAAGAUGUUUUAACAAAUUCCCAAGUGCCUAAAUUCAAUCUUUGUAUGACCCAACCGACCCAUGAUUCCUCUCACGCUACAUUCAUGGGUAGAGAUGGAUAUGUUAGUCUCCGAUACAUGCGCGAGGUUUAAUUUCUGGGUCAAAAAGGGGAUUAAGGAGGAUUAUGUUGUGGUCAUCGUGAUGGUUACCGUCUGAAUCGAUCGAUGGAUUGCAAGAAUGAAGAGAUGGAGAUACAGAAGGGCUGCUUCCAUGAAGUGAGCUUCGUUGGCCAAGAUGGUCGACGGCGAAAAUCCAAGGUGCCCGUGGUCCAAGAACUGGUUCGUCAGGGGUUCAACAGCGUGCCGGAGAGGUUCCUAAGGAUGCACCCAAUACCCCCUGCAGCUGUGUCUAGCGAUGAUGUCUCAGCAGGGCCACCGUUUAUCAACAUGGCCAACUUACUGAUGAUAGGCUCCAAAGAAGAGAUUCGAGUCCAAGAGCUAGCCAAGCUUGGUAGAGGAGCCAGUGAGUGGGGUUUGUUCCUGGUCACGAACCACGGCAUCCCUUCAUCCAUUUUGCAGUCUGUAGAGGACGUUGUGAAGGGAUUCUUUAGCCUGUCUUUCCAGGAGAAGAAGGGGAGUGUUGAAUCGUAUGCUAGUGUUGAUAACGUGGGUUACGGACGCAACUUUGUUAAAUCGGACGACCAGCCGCUGGAUUGGAUAGACCGUCUUACUAUGAGGGCUUCUCCUAAGAAGGACACAGAAGGGAUCCAUGUUUGGCCUCAAAAACCGGUUGGAUUCAGGCAAAUAAUGGAGAAGUUUGUAGAGGAAGCAAGAAAGCUCUGCGAUGAGUUGCUUCAAGCAUUAGCAGAAGCUCUGGGUCUGGAAAGGCACAUCUUCCUCCAAAACUUCGAACCCACAGAAAGCGUGGUGAACAUUAGAAUCAACUACUACCCACCAUGCCCAAGGCCAGACCGAGUACUAGGCAUUAUCCCACACACGGAUGCCAGUGGGCUGACCCUCUUAUUUCAAUUCAACUCCACACCGGGAGGACUGGAAGCGCUCAAGGACAAGCAGUGGUUCAAAAUACCUUGGCCUCAUGACGCAUUGCUAGUGAAUGUAGGAGAUUUGCUAGAAAUAAUGAGCAAUGGAAGGGUAAAGAGCUCUUGGCACCGCGUUGUGACCCAGGUGGACAAAGAGAGGAUCUCGGUGGCACUCUUCUAUAAUCCGCCACUCCGAUGCAUGCUCGAGCCUGUAAGGGAUCAGGACUCGGAUAAGGAAGGCGAAGGAUACAAGAAGGUGGUGGUGGAAGAUUAUCAAAAGCACUUUUACAACAUUAGCCCAACAGAAGACAAACAAGCUAUUUCCUUUGGCAAGGUCUGAUCUAUAUAUGCCAUACUUAAUUGCCCAUAUGUGUCUUUACUCUCUUUACAUUAAUUAAUGGCUUUGUUGUCGUAAUGAAAAUUUAUUCCUUUUCAUUUUC